AUGAGUGGAAAAGGAUUAAUGCAGAAAAGUGAUGUUCUCGCUACGGACCUUAGUGAAGACAAGUCUUCAUCGUGCAGCAGCAAAUCAUCUUCGAUCAUUACACAAAACAACAAGAACAUGACUACUCAAACGAAUAAGGGUAUGAGUGCCAUAAUGCCCAAUCCUACCAUUAUGGAUAUUCUCUCCUUGGGUUUGAAAGAAUCACCUCAUCUCUACACGCAUCAAUUACUUUUACUUUUGGAGGCUCUCGCGAACCAUCUUCAGAUCCAUUCUGGAGAUGAUGUGGAAGGUAAAGAUGAUCAAAGAGAAUAUCAUGCUCUUUCAAUUCGUCAUACAAUGAAUGGUUGUUUAUUGAGUGCAAAUGCUGUUUUGAGAAACUUUAUGAUUAAGCAUCCAGUCAUGUUCAUUAAUGGAAGAGAUCCUUUCAAGUCACAUUUCAGAGACACUUUCGAUCCCAACUUGGAGGAAUUAUUGAAAAAUCAAGAGUAUGUGGAACUCUUCAAAAAGGAUAUUGUCGCAUACAGACAGUGGAUUGCAUAUGGUAACAAAUAUUCACAAUCUUCAAAAUGUGAAAUCAAAAUUAAGAGAAAGAGCACUCAUAAGGAUGCACAUUCAGAUCCUUACAUUUAUCUUAUUCAACAACAUGGUUUGGGAGUUAAUUGCAGAGAGGAAACUUAUGAUCAAUAUUAUCAAUUGCUCCUCAAGAAAGACAGUCAAACUAUUCCCAUUCUGGAAAGUUUGUUUUAUAGAGAUCCUAUGGGUGAAGCGAAAUUUCACAAAAAGAAAUUGCAACAAAUAUUGAAGGAAUGUGAAUUACCUAGUGAGUGGGACUCAAACAAGUUCCUAUCCUUUCUAAUGCUUUGUUCGAGCUCAUUGCUAAAUGAGGUUGAGAAUUGCGACUUUGACAAUACACUGGACCGAAUUGAACAGGUGAUGGACAUGCAGGAGGAUGACGAUGAUGAAGUGAGUAAUGAAGAUGAGGAGAACAGUGACGAUGAAACAACUGACCACUACUCACAACAUAAUGGACGACUUCUUUACACCGAUGAAGAAAAUGGGAAACAAACAAAUUAUGAAUUAGAAGAGUUACCACAAGGAUGCCUAGACUUGAUUCAAGCUCUUCAAGAUCAUAUCGUCACAAGACAUGAAAGUUAUUGCUUUGCGACAAGUAUUGGAGAAUACGUGUCACAACAAGACACAUUCAGUAAGGUAACUUUUAGACGAGUGGAGAAACCAGAGGAAUUAUUGACAGUCGUUGUGAAAGGAACGUUUGUUUCAGGCUAUGGAGAUUCAUCCAUUGAUUUCUCCAUAUCUACCACAAAUGAACACGAUGAAACCAAUCACAUCACCACUCUGGAAAUGCGCUAUUCGAAUGAGAAUGCCCUCUUUGAAGAGGAUUGCAGCAAGUCCAAAUUUAUGGAACGUCUGAUUGGUCAUCGAAUGGCCUCUCAAUUCUCAUCCAUUGCAUUUGUUUUUUGUUUACUUUUAGUCAUGGAUCAGUCGCAUCAUUUCAUGCUGUGUGACUGCAGUGAAAGAACCACCGCUGACGAUGGCCACUCUGAGAUUGAUUUGUGGUAUAAUUUUAAAGAGAGAUUUCCAGAGCUUGAUGAACUCUUUUCUAAUGAUUAA